AUGGAGUCUACUGGAUACAUUUACAAAUUGUCAACAAGCAGACCUCUUAUUCUCUUGGGGAUUGAUGGUGGAAAAGGGUCAUGUCCAAGGGGAUUGGGGUUGGGGGCGGUUUUAGGUGGGGGUGAAGAGGGGAGGGCAGGGAUAGGUGUAGGUGCUAGGUCGGGUGUUAGGGCUGGUGCGGUGGGAUUGAAAGAGGAGGUGAAAGCGAGGUUUUGGGAGGCUUUGGACGACGUGAUGAAAAACGUGCCUAGUUUAGAGAAGAUUGUCAUAGCGGGGGAUUUUAAUGGCAUAUUAGGGUUUUGUUGGGAGGUUAUGACGAUGUGUAUGGAGGCUUCUAGUGAUGGACUUGAUUAUACGAAGAGCAAAAAGAGAAGGGCUGGAGAGGGUCGGCCUAGAAUUAGGUGGGGUGGCUUGACGCCUGUUAGUGGGCGGAAGUUAGAGGAGAAAGUGGCAGGAUUGGGUGUGUGGGAUUGUAGGGGGGACGUGGAUGCUAUAUGGGAUAAGGAUGCCAGUUGCAUCACAGAGACUACUAGAGAAGUGUUGGGUGUUUCGAGGGGUCGGGCAGGUCGUCAUAAGGGGGACUGGUGGUGGAAUGAAGAAGUUAAGAAGAGAGUGGAGGGUAAUAAAAGGGCGUAUAUUAAGUUUGUGGAAAGUAAAGAUGCAAAGGAGAAACGGGUGAAUAGGGAGACCUACAAAGUAGUAAGAAAGGAGGCUAAGCUAGCAGUUAUGGCUGCUAAGACAGCAGUAUUUGAGAGAUUGUAUGUGGGAUUAGAGGAUAAAGGCGGGGAAAAGAGGUUGUUCAGGGUUGCUAAGGAUAGGGAGUGGAAGGGUCGAGACCUCGACCAAAGGCUUUUGAACGAGGAGGAUGACAGAGGCAUUGAGUUAGGAGAGCUGGAGCCCUCGGAGGAGAGACGCGAUUUCGAUUAUUGUAGACGUUUUAAGAUUGAGGAGGUCAGAGAAGCUAUUCGCAGAAUGCGGAGAGGAAGGGCGACGGGGACUGAUGAGAUUUCGAUGGAUUUUUGA